GAAAGUCAUUGACCCGGAAGUUAGAUUCAAUGACGUAAAAACCAAAAUAAAAACAUUUGUCAACAUUGUACCAACAUUGUUAUUGUCAUGAUUAUUGCGCGUUAAGACAUUUAUUUUCGAAGAUUCUUGUUGUCGUUGAAUCAUGAGUGAAGUAGCACAGACAAAAGAUGAUAUAGUCAUAGAUGAGGUGAUCACAAUUGAUGGAACAGAACUCAAGAAUGAGAGGUCAGAAUUUGCCACUGUUGUAUUUCACAAUAUAGCAGAGACAUACCCGGAGGAUGCCCACGUAGAAUGUAACUACACAGUGACCUCCGACCUUGUCCCGACCUCUCGUGACUGGGUUGCACUGUACAAGGUCGGCUGGAUGUCACCCAAGGACUACAUUUACUAUGAGUGGGCUCCUCUUCCCAAAGACUACACGGUUGGGCAGGACGCUGAUGCCAGUGUUCUCUUUCCAGCACACAAACUGCCUAAUGAUGAUGGAGAGUUUUACCAGUUCUGCUAUGUGUCAAGCUCCAAGCAGAUCCGGGGGGCCAGCACACCCUUCCAGUUCAGAAGACCAGGGGCAGAUGACUAUAUCGAGAUUGAGGAUGAGGAGGCCAAUAUGUUGGUGAUCCGCUCCAAGACCAUCUUCCUGGAAGAGAAUCUACAGAAGGCCGAGUUGCAGAAACAGCGACUGCAGGAGGCCCAGGAAGCUCUACAGAAGGAGAGAGACAACAUCAUCACCAAGUACCAGGAAGCGAAGAACCGGCUGGUCGCCAUAGAGACCCAUAAUGCCUCCCUGGUAGCGGAGGUUGCUAGGCAACGGGAGGAAGUUGGUCAGCUGAAGGCAGAGAUGAAGGAUAUGCUCUCCUUGAAAGAGGAACUAGAGCUCAAGAUCAACAAUGUGGAAAUGGCCAAUGCAGCUGUGUUGAGGGAGAGAUCUGAGCUGAAGGUGGACCUGGCAAAGGCCAAGAGUGAGAUGCAAGCCCUACAGAGGGAGAAAGAUGAGCUGGCGGGGAAUAAUGCUGUUCUUCAGGAGCAGGCUGACAUGUACAAGAAUCAUUAUACCACAUCCUCAACCAACCUAGAGCAAUACAGCAAGCAAUCAGAAGAGCUUCAGAUCCGUCUUGCCCAGCAGGAGUCACUGAUUGACCAUCUGAAACACACAACUGAGAAACUGAAUGCUGAGCUCGAGGACAACAGGCAGAACCUGGACAAACAGACCGGCAUCAACAUUAUGGACAAGGAUAGGAUCAGUGAGUUACAAGAACAGCUGAAGAACGUUGAAGACAAGCUCUCUGCGGCAGAACAGAGGAAGCAGAUCCUACAGGAGGAGAUGUUGACAUACAAGGAAACGCAGGACCAACUCUCACGACAGAUUGAAAAAUCUAAGCUUGAGUGUGACAGUGUGAAACAAAAGCUUUGUAGCCUGGAGGAGGACUUCACACAGAAGACUCUCAUACAGAAAGCCGAGAUAGAACAACUUUCUGGGGACCUGGCUGACACAAUCAAGCAUAAGGAGCAACUGCAGGGAGAAAAUGUCAUGUUACACCAGCGCUUGUCUGCUCAUGAGGAGAACUGUGAGGUGAAGGUUGGUUCAAUGUCCAUCAUGCAGCAGUCACUUUCCCAGAUCAAAUCCCGCCUGGAGAAGAAGGAGAAGACUUGCAGGGGACUGGAGCGGUCAAUUAGGGGACGUGAGCAAGAGUUUAUUGAGCGUGAGCGCGAGAUGCGACGUGAGAUUGAAGAUCUGAAAGAGAAGAUUUACAUGUGCUCCGACGAAUAUAAGACCCUCUACAUCGAGAAGAGCAAGCUGCAGAGGAAACUUGAGAAAUUGGCUGCAAAACGUAAAUCUAAAUCUGAGAGGGCUACCAGUACUCCAGACGUGAUGGUUGAGUCGGAAAUGUCCCUAAAGUCGGCUCCUGGUGAGGGGUCCGAGGUGAGCUCUGCUGUUGCCCUUGAGAGACAGGUUGAGGAGCUGGAGGAGGAACUCAACAAGAAGUUGAACAAGAAGCAGGAGUACAAGCAGCUGUACAAGGAGGAGCGGUCCCGGGGCGAGAGGCUUCAAGGAGAGGUUAACCAGCGUGAGGGGGAGAUUGAGGGACUCAAGAAACGUGCGGCAGAGUUACCCGCUGAAAUUGAGCUGAAGAUUUGGACACUAGAGAAAUGUGUUAAUGACAAAGAGGUGCUUAUCAAGCAGCUGAAUGAGAAAGUUCGCAUGUUGACCCAGGCCAGAAACGAUGAGAGUGGGGCCAGUAUGUCCCCACGUACCCCUGCAGGGCCUCCAAGUGGCGGGACCAGCUACAUUCCCUGUGCAGGGCCUCAGCAAUAUCCCUACCCUUACCCCAUGCAGUACCCCCAGGCCCAAGGACCCUACUGUGCGGCCCCUAUGGUUUACCCUGAGGCCCCAACCUACCCUCAGAUGGCCCCCGUUGUGUAUCCUUCCCAGGGCCUCCCUGGACCAGCGACACAGGCCCCACCUAUACCACCAAGGGACAGGAAACCUACAAUGAGUGCAUCGAGCAGUGAGGCCUCCUCGGACCAACCCUAUGACCAGAUAGAGGAUGAGACUGACGAUGCAUCGGUUCUUGCACAGAUCCUUACCCCCCUGCCCGCACCCCUGGAGCCAGAGAAACUACCGUCAGCUAAGAUUGCUGCUGUAAAGUCAGCUGCUAGUUUUGAUGAAGCCCAUAUGUCAGAGACAGUUCCAAAACAUGACAUCAAUUACGAAGACAAAUUCUUCGAUGCGGAGGGAAGUUCCAUGAAGUUGUGUCCUGAGUGUGGCCAGUCAUUCCCUGCAGAUGUUAGCGAGGAGGUUUUCCUGGAACACACGUUCUCGCACUUCGCUACUUUGUGUCCACAGUGUAAGAUGAGCAAGCCAGAGAACAUGACGGACGUCGACUUCACUCGCCAUGUCAACUCACACUUCGAUAAGCAAGAGGAGGGGAAGGGGGCAGACUAUGAGUUUGUGUAAUAAUUCAUGGCAAACAUUGUUUUCGGAAUGGAAGUGUAGUUUCUUUGUUCUGUUUCUUUGUCAAGGAAUUUCUUGACUUUACUUCAGAUUUUAUGAAAAUAAUAAUGAUUAUCGUUUACUUUUGAAGUUGUGAAAAUGGUGUCAUAGACAAAAUCUGUAUAUCCCGGUACAUUUUGGACGAGAGAUUGUUGGUUUUCAUUUUUGUUAAUUAAUGUACUAGUGUCCAGAAAUAGUGAAAUGUCUUUGUUACUAAUCCGUGGAAUGGAUUGUCAUUGGCUGUUUAAUUAUUGAUAAUGACUUAAUGAUCAUAUAUAUAUGUUGCUAUUGUAUGGUACCGUCAUGUUUGUUUUCAGAUUAGUAUGUUAAUUUUAUAUUCCACAAUUGUUCUCUAUGGUGAGGUGGCAGUAUUAAACAGCAAUAAUGUUUUUUUUUUCUAUUUAUGAGUGAUUUGCCUAUAUCAUGUGUAUGAAGAUAUAUCAAAAGAAUUCAUCUCUGUCUGAUACUGCUACUGAUGGAGUACAUGCUUUCUCAUCGAAACAUUUUGUGUCAUUAAAAGAUAAUUUUGUAUUUCUUAAUGAGGCUGUAAAUCCCUGACCCCAUGCAACCCCCUUUGCACCCACCUUUGCACUCACCCCUUGCAUACACCCUUACACACCUCUGACAUAUCAUACACAUUUUCUACCCAAAUCAUGUUUGGCAAAUAAUAAUAAAUGAGUGUGGGUGCAUUCUAAAUAACGCUUGAGUUUCUACUGGCGAGUACCAUCCUCAUGAGUCCCAAGUAUGCCAUUAAAAGAAAUAUCACGUACCAAACAGGGGUGGUACCCUCCUGAGUUGCAUGUUUUGGGCACACACUUGUAUUGAUGUGAGCUAAUACAUUGACUUUCAUUUCGAAAAAAAUCAUGAAUCAUAUAUACCUUGCUUUGAAUUAAAGCCAAUAUUCAAGAUGUAGUGUAUCAUCUGUUUUGUUUUUCUCCAGAUAUCUGGAAAUUUUGUUGAGUUAUGAUAUUUUGUUCCACUAAUGCCAGAACGCGCUAACCAGCAUUUUGAUAAAUAGUGGUUUAUUACUUUCUGGUGUUUGACUCGUGAUUUAUGGUUUUAUUGUUGUUGAACCGUUGUUGUUUUGUUUUGCUUUUUAAAUCUCACUGAAUUAUUUUAACAUUUUGCUAAAUUUUAUACAUAUGUGCUUUUUCAAAGUUGUAUCAAUUACAUUGUUAGCUGUCAUUUAUCUGCCUUGCUUUGAUUUGAGUUGAAGAUUUGAUUUUACCAUAUAUUUUCUCAUAUUUUGUUGGAUAUUUCUCACUGCACCAGAAUGGUAAAUAAUUACUGCACAGUGUUGUUUUGCACAUGUAUUAGAAAUUAAUAUAACUGAUUAACUGGACAGAUUCUUGUGAACCUUGUAAAUACGCUAUAUAUACCAUGGUAAAAUACUUAUAUGAUCUUGAAAUGUUAUACUUAACAUUUGGAUUACUUAAAUUCAAAUAUUUUCUUCUAUAGAAAAAAAAAGAUAUAAAAAAAUACAUAUGUACAUAUUUAUACUUGGCCUGAGAUGAAAAGUUUGAAAGCUUACAAACGACAAUUAUAAGAAAUUCUUAGUUUUAGAAGAUGUUGGUUAUUGAAAUAUUGAGCCUAUUUUCUGAAUGUUUUUUAUAAUUUGAAAAUUCCUCAUAAAGCCAUACAGGUGGUGAAAAUGAAGACUUUGUGUUUCUGUAUACCUGCUUGGCUUUUACCCCUUGUUUGUGAAUGAUGAAAUCAUUUGUCUAGUAAUUAAAACUCUUAUAUUUGAUAUACAUUCAAACACCCUUUAUCUGAAGUCGCCUGAACCCAGAUAAGAAGUUCAGAUAAACGAUAUUUCGGAUUAACAAUAGAAUGACAGCUUUCGUGAAUAAUUGUUUUUAUUUGAAUUUGUUUUCAAAUAAUAUUCAAAUUGUGUAAACCAGCCAUUAUAUACAAACUACACCACCCAAAAUAGAUUGUUUAUUAUCUGACAUAAAAGUUUGAUCAUACACAUGAUCAAUGUCAUUCUUUAACUCAUGCUAAUUGUGCUUUAUUAACAAAUCAAGCUGAUGCCCGCAUGCUAUUGCAGUUUCAUGUGAAAACUAUGAGAUGACCAAGUUAGAAACAAGGAUUGAUAUAAAGGUGUGAAAUCCAAAUCAGGACCGUAAUUUUGACUUUGAAAUAGCGACAAUUUCGAAAUAGCGAUUUCGGUUUAUUGAAAAUUUUUUCAAAUAAACAAAGAAAAAAUAAAAACGGGACCAAAAAGUCAAAUAGAAAAUAAGGAUAAUUUCGGAUUAAGGGUCUUCGGACUAAUGGUGUUUAAAUGGAUAUUUGUUUCAGUCAUGGUCAUAUUUUGUACAUUUUGAUAUAGCUUGACCAACAUGCAGCUAUGUUUAGUUGCUGAAUAUUAAGAUAGUUGGUAGAGGAAGGAAACUUUGCAGAGUUCUUGGAUAAUACUUUGAACAAAAAUAAAAGCCUGCAGGUUUGCUAUUCAUAGCUGUAUUUUGGUUUGGCAAGUUAAAAAAUGUGAUUGAUAUUUUUGUAAAUGUUAGUUUUUGUUGAUUAAUGAUGAUUGUUUUGUAAAAAUGUUUUAACAUUCAUGAUUUCACAUUUUGGCUCAUUUAUGACUGAAUAGAAUGAGUGAAUAUU